AUGGGAGAAGGGUACGCAGGUGUACCCGGAGGUUACUCUGUCAACCAGACGCUACCCCCAUUGUUUCGACAGCAAGGUGGAGUCGCCCAAAACGUGUCUGCAAAUGAUAUGAGCAAGCAAGCCAUUCAUUCCUCCCAGCCCCCUCUUGGGAACACCCCAAAUCAAUUUUCAACACAACCACCUGGAUCAAUGAUGUUCAAUCAGAGGCAGCCUGGACCACGAACACAUGCCCAUCCCCAGUUUUAUCCAUCUGCAAAUGGGGCACCACGUCAUCUGCAACCAGGACCGCAGGUCCAGCAAAUCAGAAUGAAUCAUCAGCAGUUGUCCACAUUGAAUAUGGCGGCUGGAUUGCCAGGGACUAACAAGGGGCCUCAGGUCACUCACAUUCCUGUCCCACAAAUCCCUGUCAAUCCCUGGUGCUCCCCAGCCAUGAACCAGCCCUACCCUCUUACUAAGGAGCAAGUUCGCCUGCUUCUUCUUUAUGACUUCCGAAUCAAGAAGAUGGCAGCCAAUUCCAUCGCUGACAUCAAUACCGCGUUUGACCCGGACACUGUGUCCAAGAGCACUGCCUAUGAUUGGUACAGUCGCUUCCAGAAAGGAAAUGAAAGCCUGGAAGACCAGCCACGCACCGGUCGUCCUUCGGAGUUUGAUAACUCUGCCUUGCAGGAGGCACUGGAGGCCAACAACCGGCAAACAUCGCGAGAGCUUGCGGACUUGCUGGAUGCCCUCUACCCCCCUCAGAAUGUGAUAUAUCAAAACCAAAUGCAGGCACUGGAAGGGCUGUCCAUGAAUGCAACAAAGCGGCAAGUCCCCCCUGGUGCUGUAUCGCAGGCUCCUCCUGUUUCCAGUGCUCCCAAGGAGGUAACACGGCAUAGAAUCCGACUGGCCAUCAUUGAUCCAGAGACAGGUCGCAAUGUUCUUGAUGAUAAAAGUGAAAGCGGUGAUGAAAACGAAGUAGCUUGGAGUUGGAUCAGCACAACUGACGGAGCUGCUUCAAUCCCCUCAAGCGAAAUGCAGCACUCUCUCAAGGAUUCUCAUUCUCGGGAAACUCCUAUCUCAGAAGAAGAGGUGCCUACGAAUGAAGGGAAUGAUAUUUCUUACCAGUUUGCUACUCAGUUGGCACAUACAGCUCUAGGUUCAAGACCUGUGGAUUAUGAGAGGCCUGGGGCUGCAGCUGGAAGGGGUGCCUUUACGCCCACUAUCUCUAAGGGAGUGGUGGAGCCACCACCUCCAUCUAGAUCCCUUUCUCACGUGGUCAUACCUCCUGCUUCAGAGAGUGAAGAUACCGAGAUAGCCUGUGCAUGCCACAGCUGCAGGGAGAGAAUCACUGGCGUCUGCUACAAGUGCGUGGAAUGCGUUGAUUAUAUGAUCUGCUCCACUUGCGAGGCGGAUGGCAUCGUCCACACUGGCCACAACAUGCUCCGACUCAAGUCUUCCGCAUCUCCCCCAUUCCACCCUGUGUCAGGGGACGUUCAUCAGAAUUUGGAGUGCGCCUCUUGCCAUGGCCCAAUAAGAGGAAGUCGCUACAAAUGCCUGCAAUGCCCAGAAAUCGAUCUCUGCCACACUUGCGAGACCAGGGGGACGGAGCAUUCGGAUCAUCACUUCAUAAGACUUCCAUCUCGCAUGCCCGUUGUCCAUCUCACUCCCGACCUGGAUGGCAUGACAGCCGAAGAACAUCCAGGAGUUAUGUGCGAUUCUUGUCACCAAGGAGUGAGAGGUAGGAGGUUCAAGUGCCUCGUGUGUCCCGAAUUCAACCUCUGCAGCGACUGCGAGCAGUUGGGGGAGCAGCACUUACACCACCCCAUGAUUCGCUUUUCCAAGCCCAGUGCCAUUGUUCUGAGGGGUUCGGUCAUCCUCCCAGACGGCCUGAACCACGGUGUAACCUGCACGGAAUGCGAAGGGAGCAUCAAAGGGUACCGCUACAAGUGCCUCAAGUGUCGGGACUACGACCUCUGCACGAGAUGCGAAGCCGCUUCUAAGCAUCUUCAACACCGCAUGCUCAGGAUGCCUCCCAAAUGUGAGAGCCAAGUCCCAGUCCCUUCCGACCAGCUCACGCCUUCUCCUCAAGCGGAUCCCGCUCCGAGAAUGACAGCAGCGGGGAGAGCUCCCUACCUCUGCCGCUGCGGCGAGAUGUGCCGCGGGAAGCCGAGGUACGUCUGCCUCCAGUGUCCAUCCUACGGCCAUUGCCCCCAAUGCGAGGCGAGGAAGACGCACAAGGAACACAUCAUGCUCCGGGUGCCCGAGCCCGCUUUUACCAUCAAAUAUCUACUGGGUUUGACAUGCGACGAGUGCGGAAACGCCAUCUCGGACCUCCGUUACAGAUGCCUCACCUGCCCCGAUUUCCACCUCUGCCCUGCCUGCGAGGAGAGGAAGGUCCACAGCAUCCAUCCCAUGCUUAGACUGUUCUCUCGGACGAAUUCCACGGCCGCGGAAAUGAAUCAGCCUUCAUCAGCG